AUGCUCCUCACAUGGACUUUACUUUUAUCACUGAUAGUAAGGUCAUCGACAGAGUCUACAGAAAGUAAGUUCAAAACGAUUAAACUAAUGUUUAAAACCUAACUAAACCAUAAUAAUUCAAAAAGUUACAGUCAAUUGUAAUUGAUUCUAAUAGUCGCUCGAAAUAAGUACCAAUGAGAGGUAAUCAAGCUUAGGUUUGGUGUUAUUUAUUUUAUGUAAAGAAGCUGAGAUUUUGAUGUUACAGUAGACUACUUGGUCUCUGACGAAGCACCCUUUGAGUUUCCUGCCCAUUACCGAUUGGAACGACAGCUUAUGAAACAUUACAAUAAUCGAAUAUUACCUAAGAAAACGUCAGUGGACACAGUGGAAGUGCUGUUCCAGAUUGCUUUGUACCAAAUUGUCGAAGUUGUAAGUAACUAUUAGUACAGCUUAAAAAGAUGCACAAUAUUUAAAGUUUUUUCGUUUCAGUUUAAAUUUAGGGUAAUAUUUUAUAAUGUUUCGCUCACGAAAACUAAUUUUUUACAUAUUACUCAUAUUAAUUUAGAAUGAACCUCAGCAGUUUAUCAUUCUAAACUCGUGGAUUAUUGAGGUAAGUUCUACGGCUGUACAAGAGUGUUGUUGAACGAAUAUAGCGGGUUGUAUAAAAAGUAAUGAGCUACUGAACUUCAUAUCAGAAAAAAUUUUCUGCGCAACGAAAACCACUAUAUAUUAAUCAAAAUGAUUAUUAUCAGCACUUAUAAAUAUGAGUCUUGUUACCUAAAACUUCUAAAAAAGCCAAAAAAAAACAAUGUUAAGCUGGGCGCAGCUGAGAAAGCGAUUUUGUAAGUAAAAAACUUAUUUUGAGGAAAACGAUAGCUUUUCCGUAUAUGGCCAAUGAACUAUGUACUAUGAAAUGUAAAAAACUUAAAUUAUUGAACAAUUUCAGAGCUGGGAAGAUGACUUCUUAUAUUGGGAUCCGUCUAGGUACGAGAACUUGACUAAUAUCGUUUUACCGGUCGAUUCUUUGUGGAUUCCGGAUACGACCCUCUAUAACUCGUAGGUUUACCUCCUCGCUUUGUAGUUUCACUUUAAAUUACGCUAUUUUAAAUUUAACUUCUUGUUAUAACGAAUUUAGAUCUAUAUUUUAAAAUGUUAUUUCAGACUGACAAUGUCAGAUGGAUCGAGUCGCAAGAUCACGAACAUAAAAGUGAGUACGAUGCCGGAGAAACGAACAGCACAUAUCGAGUUCCUCUAUCCUGCUCUGUACAAGUUUAGUUGUACUUUGGAUCUCAAAUUAUUUCCAUUUGAUGCUCAGGUAUGUUACACAUGAUAUUAAAUAGUGCUUUUCUCACGAUUUAAAAAAUGAAUAGUGUUAUAGACCUGCAUAAUGACCUUCGGAAGCUGGACUCACGACAAUCAAGGCAUCGACUACUACCCCAACAACAGUACUGAUGGUGCCAUAGCUGUGGAUAAUUGUAUUGAAAACGAGGGAUGGAACAUCAUCCAGACUGAGGUGCGCAGAAUUGUCAAGAAGUACAAGUGUUGUGCCAAUAAUUAUACACUGCUUGAGUUUGAAAUCAUAAUCCAGAGGAAGCCCUUGUACUACAUCACCAAUCUCAUGAUUCCUACGGCUAUUAUCACUUUCAUCGCCAUUAUCGGGUUCUUCAGUUCGGCUACGGUGAAUCAGAUUCGGGAGGAGAAGAUCACUUUGGGCAUUACUACGGUAAGAAAGGUUAUGUUUUAUUGCAUGAUUAGGUAUGGCAAGGUAAUAUAUUUUAUUAUUUAUAUCAUUUUACUACGUUUGCACCAUUUAUGAACACUACUGUAACUUUCAGCUACUGUCCAUGUCAAUUUUAAUCUUUAUGGUAUCAGAUCAAAUGCCUUCUACAUCAUCGUUUGUACCUUUAAUAGGUAUGGUUCUCUGGUCAUACUGUACAAAAACCAUUUUCAGAGUAAAAAUCCUAUUAAUAUCUAUAUAUUGUACUUCUAGGCUGGUUCUACACCUCCAUGAUGUUCCUGAUAUCGCUGGGCACUUGGGCGUCGGCUGCCGUCAUCUCGAUUCAGAAGAAGGGAACGUUGGGGAAACGUCCUGACCCGCGCACAAUGAAAUGGGCACGCAAAUUAGGAACAUUACUCCUAAUCGAAGUGCCAUUCCUAAUGCGACAAGCCUACGCCAUGAAGGAGAAGGUAAACAAAUUGGGCUGUAAAAGUUUACAAUUACAAUUCUGAGUUGUAAAUGGACAAAUUAUGACGUACAUGUGUUACUGUGGAGGUGUAGUAUCAGGUUGUUCAAUUAAUUCUGUGCCCCCUAUUAAAACAACUUUUUGAAAAAAUUUUAAUAUAGUAGGCGUCACAGAUUUGUUUUUCUUUGUAAAAUACGAAUUGGUCUUUAGGAAAUCUAGAAUUUAGUUUUAAGUACGCAACCUGGACAAAGGCUAAACAUACUAAACAUAAAAUAGGUAACUACGUAUUUUACAAAUUAGAAUAUAAAGUAAAGAAGCUACUACAAUAUCUUCAUAAGUAAACGUAUCUCUUUAGCACGACAAAUACAAGAUAAGAGGCAACAUCUGGCUCCGAUCAUGGCAAAAGUUUUCCAAUACGAUCGGUAACAACCCAACAUCAGCAGCUACAAGCACCACUUUAAUACCACCACUGACUGAAAGUGCUUCAGCUAUGUCAGGGUUGAGUCGAGUAGCCGUCUACAAGAAGUUGAAUUCACAGAAUCAAGUCAGUGUGGAUUCUAUGAUUAUACCAAGUGAGUCUGUUAUUUCCGAUAUUGUUAUAGGCUUCAGGUGCCUUAAAAAUCACUCCUUCAAUAUUUUUUUUUAAAUCUAAGCAAAGUUAGCAUACUAUAACAUAUAUUGUAGUAUGUUAGCGUUAAAAAAUUACACUUUUAAGAAGAUUAGCGUUCUUAGCCAAAAUGUAAUUAAAUUACACUAAUUUGAUAGUAAAAUGUUAAAAAUUGAAUUCCAGAAGAUACGGAAGACGAGUUUAAUUCUGAUUAUGCAAAUCCAUCAGGAACGGAAUGCACUUUAAAUGGCUCCAGCCAAUGCCUGACCCCAGGCAUUAAACCAAAACGGAAAAGUCGAAUUGAAAAGAUGGCAUCCAAAGACGAAGAGGGUAAGUAUGAUAGCACUGGCUGCAAUCACAAUUAUAGUACACACACGUUAUUGUUCUUAGUAAAACAUUCUUCAGCAGUAUCAAAUAGGUACAAAGUUUAAGAAUAUGUAAAAAUAGAGGCAAAAAUCUCUAGGGCAGACCAUAUAUGGCUAAUAUUGUCCAUAAAGGCUUAGUUUCAACAACUUUUUGUUAACUUUAGAAUCAAUAUAAAGUUACAAUAACAAUAUAACAAAAUCGUACUUUACAGCCUAUCUAAACCAACCGAAUCGUCGUACAUUGGCCGAGAUCGAGUACGAUUGGCUGGCCGAAGUGUUAGAAAGAGUAUUCCUGAUCGUGUUCAUGAUACUAUUCUUCAUGUGUGCUGUUGGCAUUAACAUAUUCGGCUUCUACCAUUGGCUUCUGACCAGACAUGUUGAUAAGGUUAACGAAUAA